AUGGCAUCCUACUCGAUCAUCCUCUCAGUCGGGGGGACCAGCAUAAACAAAUAUCCCGGCAAGCAGCACGCCCGCAGAGUAGCCGCCUACUUACCAAAGCACCAGGGCCUCAUCUACCUACCAGGCCAGCAGACUGUGCUGUCUGAAGACUCAGAUCAGGCGAGGCCGUUUAAGCAGCGCCGCUACUUUUUCUAUGUGACUGGAGUCGUAGAGCCUGACUGCCAUGUUACAUAUGACAUUGCCGAGGAUAAACUGACGCUGUACGUGCCGGACUUCGACUUCAAGCGGACUAUCUGGACAGGACCCACGCUGGGUAAAGAUGAGGCAAGCCAAAGGCAUGUGGAAUAUUACUCCUCGCUAGAAGGUGAUGUUCAGCGGUGGUCUCAAGGGAACCCAUCGUCGCCCAUAUAUAUACUACACCCGGACCAGCGACCAGUUACUCCGUUGACGGUGGCGUAUUUAUAUGAGUCAAAGUCGCUGAAACACGCGAUGGAUGCGUGCCGUGUGAUCAAAGACGAGCACGAAGUCCAACUGAUCCAGCGAGCGAAUCGUGUCUCCGGAGCCGCACAUCGUAGUAUCCUGGCUAAUCUGCGCCAUUUCAAGAACGAGGCGCAGAUCGCCGGUCUUUUUAUUGAUGUCUGCCUUUCCUUACGCUCGAAGGGAACGGCCUACGAGACAAUCGCAGGCUCGGGUUCCAACGGUGCCACGCUGCAUUACACCCGCAACAACGAGCCGCUGGCCGGCCGACAGAUGGUUGUGCUUGAUGCUGGCGCCGAAUGGAGUUGCUAUGCAAGCGAUGUGACGAGAUCAUUUCCUAUCCCGUCGAGUGUACGCGGCGGAGGAGACUGGCCUAGUCGCGAGGCCGAACAAAUCUACACCAUCGUGCAGCGCAUGCAAGAAGAAUGUAUUAGCCGAGUGAAGGAAGGAGCUCUUUUCUUUUCGAUUCACCAGCAUGCUCACGCCGUCGCGCUGGAGGAGUUACUCAAGCUAGGCAUAUUGCGUAUCCCACGGGGCUCAACUAAGGCCGAUCUCAUCAAGGCAGAAGCGACGGCUCUAUUCUUCCCACACGGUCUAGGCCACCAUCUCGGCUUGGAGGUGCACGAUGUCUCACCGGAUAGCGGCACCAUACCUCUGGACCUUGCUAUAGCAUGCCAGAAUGGCCUGAUGAGCGUCACUGAACAUCGACCUCCAUGCACGCUUUCGGCCCCGCCGCUAGCAUCCGGAAUGGUCAUCACCGUGGAACCGGGGCUAUACUUUAACCGACUGGCCAUUAACCAGGCGCGGGAGGAGAGGGACAAGCCGGACUCGAAGGGUAGGUUUGUCAACUUCGAUGUAGUGGAGCGGUACGUGGAUGUUGGAGGCGUGCGUAUCGAAGAUGAUGUGCUUGUCACAAAGAAUGGGAACAGAAAUCUCACCGAUGCACCUAAGGGGAGGGAGAUGCUUGAUUUGAUUUAUGGUAGGUAG